UCACAGUCUGCAUAUGGUGAAGACAUGUAACCAGGGGCGUAGUCAAGCUGCUUUUUCAUGCUGCUGGCAAGCUGCUUCAAUAGCUUCAUGCUGCUGGCAAGCUGGACCAAUAAAUAGCGAGAUAUACGAAAAAAUUGAAGUUCAGUUCUAUUGGUUUAUUUUAACGGCAACUACUAGUUCCGAAAAUCUUAUUUUUCAAAACCAACAUGAAAAACAUUUUUGAACUCAUUAUGCCUGUCCUUGGGCUGAGCAUCUGUAUCCUAGCCGUACAAAUUCCGGCUGUUAGCUGGACGGCUCACAUCCCAUUCUACUAUUUCGUUCCUCACUCCCCGCAUCCGACGAAUAAUAUUGCUGUAAGCCCUUCGUUCGCUUCAGAAUCGUCAGCUGGCAUUAUUGAAAAAUUUGAAAUGACGGAACUACACAGAGAACUCUCACAAAUAAGAAUGGCAAUUGCGCAACUAACAACCAAAUCAGAUUUGCAUCAUGCAAUUCAAAAUGCUGCGGAGAAAAUUCUUUCCAAUCUUCACAUGAUAACCACGAAAUUUGCGACCAAGUUGGAGAUGGAUGAUAUGAAAACUAAAUUGCAUCAAACAAGCUCGGCCGUAGAAGCAACAAAUAUUGAAUUGAGUGCGACCAAAUUAGACUUGGAUAACAUGAACACGACUGUGGGAGGAAUUGAUUCCAAUCUUUUGAGAUUGACCCAAGCGUUCGAGAACGAGACUGCCGUUGUGGACAUUGGACAUAUGCCCACGUCCUGCACGGAUCUCCAAUCAAUUGGCUAUAAAAUGAACGGAAUCUUUCAGAUCAAAGGAGCAAAUAAAAUUGAAAAUGUUUAUUGCGAUUUUACCACUAACGCUCAAAAUUUGCAGAAAUGGAUCGGAUAUGCCGACGUCAAAUCAGCGCCCGUACAUUUUUACGUUCAGAGAAAUUCUUCAUUUAACUCAAUUGCAACGAUUCCGUUUGAUUUGGCGAGGGUAAACUUAGGAAAUGCCAUGAAUUUGGCAUCUGGAAUAUUUACUGCUCCGCGAUCAGGAAGGUAUUUCUUCUCGUUCACGGGGGUGGUGAAUUUUCCAGCUACAUCAUCACAUUCGUGGUUAGCAGUUGGGUUGUUUUUCACGAACGGACUUAUCGGUCAGGGUCGGGUUGAUGGGGCAAACACCGUUAAUAACCAAUUUAGUCCGUUGACCCUCCAAUCAACGCUGAACUUGAAACAAGGUGAUCAAGUCUGGGUGCACCUUGAUAGCAAGACAUCAGGGAUGAUAUUGUAUGACGACAAUUACCACUUCACUCAUUUUACGGGUUUCAUGUUGGAGGAGGAAAUUCUUGCAUCCCUUUGAGAUUUUGUUUUGAAAGAUCCAACAUGUAUCCAACAUGCACCAAGCGGUCAUCGCAUGAAUAAACGAAUAAAUGCAAAUAGAAUUACUGAAUACAAGAACAAAUAUUUUGAAGUUUCUAAUAUGAAUUUUUCUUAGUCUUCAGCACACGAGCAGCUUUCUGUAUCUUUUAAAGACUGAUGUAAAAAAAGAAAUACUUUGUCCUCAAUAUACCACUAUUUUAUUUUCACCAACAAUAAAAA